AUGAAUCAGAAUCAAGCUAGCGCAACCUUUAGUGGUGGUAGUGAAACGGGCGCCGAGCAACAGGCAGGCAGUCUUAGUAAUGACAAUAACCAGACACCUCUCCGCCGCUUUCUUGCUUGUCUGAACGCCCGAGAGAUUUCCGCUACCCCCGCUACCACCAGCUACCCUACCUUUGUCCUUCAGCCAGGAGUGUACGCAAAAACCUUAGAGUCUCUGGAGAAGUCUGACGGUGAGCUCUGGGCAUUUGUCUCUGAAAGUCUAAGACACGAACUUAUCGAUGACAAAUACCUUAUUGUCAAGAUGCCCGUUAGUCUUACUCAUGAGGUCACUGUUAGCAAGGCCCUCUAUUUGAUCCAAACUCAGUUAGAUCUCAUGCAAGAAACCUCAAACGAACCCGUAAAACGGCUUACUCAGGAUAUCAUUAUGGGUGGUUCUAGAAAUUGCCAGCUCUAUGGUGCCGAUACUCGACUUCAACCCGAUGGGCAAUUUAUUGUUCAAGGUUCUUAUUUUCCGGGAGUUGUUCUCGAGGUCGCACAUUCUCAGGAUUUCAGUUCUCUUCAGAAAAAGGCUGAAAACCUGAUCGUUAGGUCUAAAGGCAAGAUUCAGCUUGUGAUCGGUCUUGAAACAGCAUACAAAAUCUCAGCUUGGCGAUCAGAGGUUAUCCGAGUUGGGGAUCAAGAUACUGUCCAGAUAAAGACUAUCGUCAACAGAGAUAUGAUCCAGGACGCUAAUAGCAACCGAAAGUCUGGCUCGCUGGUCUUCCAUCUCAAGGACUUCGGUACCGAUCUCGAAACCAAGUAUCCCGGUGCGGAUUUGACCAAGGCGAUCACCCUUGAUUACCAAAAGUUGGCCGAAAUCAUCACCACUGCACACAAGUCUGAUGUUCCAUUUCCGAACUGA